UCCUCAAAAACAGACCUGGAGUUGUGUUUUGUUUAAUUCACAUGUUUGAGUAACCCUUUUUUAUUACUUUUUGGCAAAUAAUAACACGUCUGCAUCUCGUAUUUUGUUGAUUUUUUUCAAUUUAAAAAUGAUAUUUAUAUGAAGUAUUUAUAGUUAUAUUUGAAUUUUUAUAUGACGUAUUUACAUUUGCCACCGAAUUUUCAUCACCUCAGAAGCUCGAGAUCAAACAGUGACAGUCGACACACACGAGCAGAGUUCUGUAGUGCAGAUGCGAGUGUGGGUCUGGUCUGUGGCUGUGCUGGUGUGCGUUUGCUGGUUCGAUUCCUCUCUGUGUUACCCAAACGGCUCCGUGUCCAUCUCCUGUGAAAGCAUGAUCCCCGUGCACCUGCCCUACACCGCCAACUCCAGCAGCCCCCCCUACACCCUGUCUGCCUCUGCUGACACCUACAGGCCAGGGGACAGCAUUACAGUGACUCUGGAGGUCCAGGACGCCACACUUUACUUUGAGGGCUUCUUUCUUCAGGCUCGGAGCAGCAGCAGCCCAGAGCUUUGGCCCGUUGGAAAGUUCAAGGUCAUCAACAAUAACAUGUUUACUUCUCUCACAUGCAACAGUAAAAUGAACUCAGCCGUCAGUCAGGCCAAUAAUACCAAAAGAACCAAAGUGGUGCUGACGUGGGAGGCACCAAACAAUGAGAAAUGUGGAGACGUGCACUUUAGGGCCACAGUGGUGAAGAGUUACAGUAAGUUCUGGUUAAACGUGACCAGUCCCUCUGUCAAACUGGAGAGAAGUCCUGGAGCGCCACCUGCUGUGGUGUCAUGGUCCGUGCUCCUCUUCUGCUCUGUGUCUCUGCUCGUUCACUCCUGACACAGAAGAACCAGCAGCUCCACCCUCCACAGGAACAACUCCAGAAUCACUUCACUUCACUGUCAAACCUCUGU